AUGGACAUGUACCGAGCGUCUAUUAACUUGAUCGGAGUGACAUCAACGUUACUUAAUGAUGCUUCUGAUGCAAGCACGCUAUUUUCCCGUGUGAGCAGCCAUAUCACAGACCCGGAUCUUGCACGAGAGAUCAGUAAGUGGAAGAAGAGAUCAGAUAUUAUUGCAAAGAACCCAGCUAUUGCCAAUGCUCGCCAAAUCUUCAUGGGUGAUCCUCAUGAUUCAAGGCAACUACUAGUCGAGACUCGUGGGUUUAAUGACUUUGUAAGGAAGGUCGGACCACUUUCGGUGGUUGCGAGUACACAAGACGAUAUUGAGAGAUCAUUAAAGUAUCAAGAAGUGAUCCGACAUGAGAUUAGAGAUGCCGAAGAAGCAGAAACGGAUCGAGUUCUUAGAAAGCAACAGCCUUGGCAGAGGCAGCCAGCCAUUCCUCGACACGUCAACCACCGAUCAGGUUAUUCUAGUGAGAUUCGUCGAGAAAUUAGUCCCCCGCCUUUUCCUGUCAUUGGGUAUGAUCAAUCACGUCCCCCAUCUGGAUCCUCGCCCGUCAAUUGGCCUCGUGGUGAAGAUCAGGACAGCCCAUGCGCAAAAAGACCUCGUUAUAAUAAUCCACGCUUCGAUUAG